AAACUGAAAAGUGCGAAAGUGCGAAAUUGAAGCUCAAUGGCGGAGGAAUGUGCUGAUAGCUGAAGCCAGUGAAUCAUCUUUUCUGCAACUGCAACCGUCUGUGAAAUAACUACAACGUAAUUUAGUUUGAGUGUUUGAGUGACAGUGACUGAUUAUCUCAUAGAGUACAGCAAGCUGGUUUGAGAACUAUUAUUAAAUUAACAAUUUUCAUUUCACGAAACGGCACCGGCACCGGCCAAUGUUUGUGUUGGUGAUGUAAUGUAAAUAACUUGCAGUGAUAUGAUAAGCAUCCAGGGAGCAGACUCCAUGAAUAACAAAGUGAUCAACAUUGUAAAGAUUCUCCCAAUAUCUUCCCCAUCUAUCUCAAGUAUUAUUUAAGAGUUGCACACAUCUAGUUCUCUGAUAAGUGUGAUUGGCUGGCUAGGAAUAUUUACCUACCUAACUCCUACUCUCCGCUGUCAACGAAGCUGUUCAGUAUUGCCGUGCUUCUAUGCAAGAUGAAAAGAAAGAAUCCUCACCUUUGAACUCAGUUUAAAAGUGGAUGUUUGAAAGAAAUUCUAUGGACCUCAUUAUUGGUUUUUGCAUGUAAGUUUUUAAAAAUACUGUUUUUUUCACCCUCCUUUCUAUUAUGCACCAAAAUUAAACAACUCGGUAACCAUGGCUGAUUUCCGAAUAAAACGAUUGACUAAUUUAUUUUAUGAUGUGCUGAAAGGCAAAAAAAAAGUCAACUCUACCAAUGCAAACCUCUUCUUAGAAGCCAUCACUCAUCAGUCAGGAGCAGUUCAAAUCCUCUCGCGCAUAGUUGCUAGCGAGCAUGCUCUUCAGGGUUUGCUGCUUGCUUUUAGCUCAGAUACGUCUCUGGAAUUUUUGAAUGGUCCCCUGACCUCUUUUUUAAUGUACAUCAAGGACCCAGAACUGCAGACUCUCUGUGGGGGUGCUGUUGUACGCAAACUUGUGGGAAAGCUAAUGGAAGCUCCAUUGACAUUCAAAAGUUUUGUCAAAGAAGCUAAAAGUCAAACUUUGAAUGAAAAAGCUCUCUGUGCAUUCGCAUGGCUAUUACUACAACUGCUUACACUGCCAACAGUUGAAGCAAUCAGUUAUUUGCCUGUUGCUGAGGAUCCAGCCAUUCAGAGAGCUUUAAUAAACUCGACUGGGACAUCUUCGUAUGAAACCAGAACCCUCGGUCAACGAAUUAUCAAAAUUGCGAACACAUUAGCUGGAAGUUCGACCUCCAAGAAUGUAUCACUUGGACAACAAGGUCCUGGUGGCAGACACGAUAAUGACUUUGCUGAGAUUCGCAACAUUUCCAUCUACCCAACAUCUGACGAGUUGAGAACAAAAUCUCCAUUCUUACCCAGGGCAUGUGAUGUGCAACAAAGAGCACAGGAAUCUGAUGGCCUGGCCAAUCAUAUCGAUUGGCAGUUUCGACUUUUAAGAGAAGAUAUGUUACGUGAUUUGCGUGAGGAGCUUGCGAUGUGGGGACAGCCAAAAAAACGUAGGAGACUUUUGGUAAUUGAAAACCUGUCUAUGGCUGGUAUUCAAUGUGAUCAACGUACCUUUUGGUCGCUGAUGCUUCGUUGUCAAGAUGAACUGCCACCGUUUAAAAAUCUAAAACCAAAUGCGCGUAAGCAGUUUCUCCGAGAUAAUCCUAAAUUUUUAAGGAAUGGCUUCCUGGCUUGCUUAUUUGUUGGGAACGAUUUUAUUACACUGGGCACGCUAGUACGCGAUGAAAAUUUACUAACCCAACUGCCAACGGUACUUUGCAUCCAACUUCCACCCAGUGGGAUAGAAAAAGUCUUGCUGCAACUCAAAGAAGCCAGCUCAGGUAUCCGUCUUCUACAGGUUGACACGGCAAUUUUUUCUUAUGAACCAAUUUUAACACGGUUGAAAGAAAUGCGAGAACUUUCGUUGGGUCAAGAAAUUGUUGCGUGGAAAGUUGGGGAUCCAGUCCCACCACCAGAUUACAAUCUUAGUGAGACGUUGUUAGACUUGAUGGAACAUCUUUAUAUUGAUUGUUCCCAUGACUUGCAGCCUUAUCUAAGACUGCAAAAUUCCACCAAGCUGGAUAAAGCGCAGGCAGAAUGUUUCCUAACAGCCCUUCAACAGAAAGUGACGGUCAUACAAGGACCUCCUGGAACUGGUAAAUCUUUCAUUGGAUCUUUAAUUGGUAAAGCAAUAUACCAAUGGAGUACUGAAAAGAUAUUAAUUGUUUGUUAUACUCAUCAUGCUUUGGACGAGUUCGUCAAAGACCUUUUAAACUUAGGUAUCCCUGACCAGGAAAUCGUUCGUCUUGGUUCAGUCCACAAAGCAAAACAGAUAACCAAGUCCUUAGCUUUGAAAGAGUUGCGUCAAACCAUGAAACUAACUCGUGAACAGUGGAACAUGAUAAGUGCCAAAAAAUUGGAUGUAACGAAGUAUGGUAAUGACCUCUAUAGAGCCUUUGGAGAAUUCGCCCAGUUCAACCCCAAUCAUCGAGACCUACUGGGAUUUUUAGAAUUUGCGGAUGAAGACCUCCCAUUUUUUAGUGCCUUUAAAGUGCCUGAAGAUGAAGAUGGCUACACCUUUGUCACAAGAUCUGGAGAUAAGGUCAACGAUUUGUACUUGGUUCAGCGUUGGGCUAAUGGCCAAGAUGCUGGUAUUUUCAGAGAUAAAAUACCACGCUACUGUCGUGAAGUCUGGAGCUUACCAAAUGAUGUACGCUUUCAAAAGUGCCGGCAAUGGUACCAGGAGCUGGCUAAAGAACGAGCCAAACAAGUACGAGAAACUGGCAAUCAAUAUAAUGACAGUAUUGGAGAGGUGGAUAAAAUCCAUUUGGAAAAAGAUCUUGCGGUAAUUCGUAGUAAAAGAAUUAUCGCAUGUACCACAACAGCAGCUGCAAAGUACAGUGAGGCCAUCCAAUGUAUCUCACCGGGAGUUCUUCUCGUUGAGGAAGCAGGAGAAAUACUCGAAAGUCAUGUACUAACCGCUCUCGGUCCAAGCACCAAACAUCUCAUUCUUAUCGGUGAUCAUAAACAACUGCGACCGAAAGUUAGUUACGAGCUGAGUGUCGAAAGAGGCCUAGGAUAUGAUUUAAAUAGAUCAUUGUUUGAAAGACUCAUUUUGAAAGGGUUUCCACACCAUACUUUGUAUGCUCAACAUCGUAUGAGACCGGAAAUCUCAGCUUUUGUUAGAGAAAUGACGUAUCCAGAACUGAAAGAUGCGAAAGAUACUGAGGGAAGGCCAAACCUUCGUGGGUUUACUGAUAAUAUAAUCUUUGUGAACCACAGUGAAUUAGAGACAGAAUUAACUGGAUUCCGAGAAUUGUGUGAUUCCACAGCAACGUCUUCAAAACAAAAUCGGUUUGAGGCCAACAUGACCCUCAAGUGUGUGAGAUACCUCGGCCAGCAAGGCUACAGGUCUGAUGAAAUUGUAGUUUUGACACCCUACCUAGGUCAGCUUAAGCUACUGUAUGAUGUUCUGAAAGCCUUUAAUGAUCCUGUUUUGAAUGAUCUUGACUCACAUGACUUAGUUCGUGCAGGUCUAAUGCCAGAUGCAUCUGCUCAGAUUAGCAAACCCGGACUGCGGAUUUCGACCAUCGACAACUUCCAGGGAGAAGAAGCGAAAAUCAUUGUUGCAUCCCUUACAAGAAGCAAUGCAAGCAAUGAUAUAGGUUUUAUGUAUGCACCAGAGCGUCUCAAUGUCCUUAUCUCCAGGGCAAGGGAUGCUUUGAUUUUAAUAGGCAAUGCUGAGCAUUUCAUGGGCUCUCGUAAAGGCGGUGAUCUAUGGACAAGGUUCAUUGGAAUGUUAAAAGCUGGCAAUCAUGUUUACGAUGGCUUCCCAGUUCAUUGUGAGCGGCACCCUGAUCGCAGCGCCCUUUUGAAGAAACCAAUGGACUUUGACCUCGAAUGUCCAGAUGGAGGCUGUAAAGAGCCGUGCGACAAAACUCUAAAUUGCGGUAUUCAUAAAUGUCCUGACAAGUGUCACCUGCUGCAUGACCAUUCGAAAAUCAAGUGUACGGCAAAUGUGACUUCUAAGUGUCCCAAAGGACAUGUCAACAAGCGAAGAUGUCAUGCCAAGAACCCUGAUGUUUGCAAGAAGUGUGAUAUUGAAGAAGAGAAGGCACGCAAAGCAGCCGAUCGAAAAGUGAAGGAACAAGAAGAAGAAGUAAAGCAUUUAUUGAAGAUGGCUGAUCUUGAUCUUGAGAUCCAACGGAUAAAAGAUGAAGCUGCUCUAAAGGAGGCUGAAAAACAAAGGGAAGCUGCAUUAAGACAGAAAGAAAAAGAGCUUCAACUGGCGAAAGAAAUGGCUCAAAAAAAAUUAGCCUCAAACAUCAAUCAGCAGAGCACCCCAGCACCUGUAAAUCAAUCAGUUGGAGCACCAUCGGCCCCAGUUGCGGCAGGUACUGGUCAGCCGCAGCCUAAAUCGAAACCAGGACCUUUAAGUGAAGCGGAAGCAGAUUGGGAAAGACAGAAGAAACUCGAAGGUGCCUCUAAUGAUGCCAUUGAUGCUCUGAUGAAAUUAACUGGACUUGAGGCAGUGAAGGAAAAGAUGCUAGACAUCAAAACAAAGAUAGAGACAGCUGCGCUGCAAGGCACAGAUGUUAAAAAAGAGAGGUUUAGCGUGACAAUGCUUGGUAAUCCUGGCACUGGUAAAACAACUGUCGCUAGGAUAUAUGGUCAAUUUCUCGCCUCGGUCAAUGCCAUUCCUGGUGCAGAGUUUGUGGAAAUCACCGGCGCAAGCCUUGCAAAUGAUGGUGUCGCCGGGGCAAAAAAGAAAAUACAGGAGCUCGUGAAAGCUGGAGGAGGAGUAUUUUUCUUGGAUGAAGCGUAUCAACUUGCAAGUGGUAACAACUACGGUGGUGCAGCCGUUUUAGAUUACCUUCUUGCAGAGAUUGAAGAGCAGCGUGGAACUAUCGUUUUUAUUCUUGCUGGAUACAAAAAAGAGAUGGAGAAAUUCUUCGAACAUAACCCAGGCUUUGCGAGCCGAGUACCUCACCAACUCGAUUUCACAGAUUAUUCUGAUGAAGAUCUCUUAAAGAUGCUGGGAAAAAUGAUAGAAACCAAAUAUAAUGGUCGAGCAAAGUUAGAAGGAGGUCUUGAUGGACUUUAUGCCAGAAUUUUGAUAAAACGCCAAGGUAGACAAAGAGGAUCAAGGAAUUAUGGGAAUGCAAGAGAUCUCGAAAAUACAUGGGCCCGCGUAACAGAGAGACAGGCUGCUCGAUUUCGGAAAGAACGAAGAGAGGGUGUAAACUUCGAUCCCCUUUUGUUUACAAAGGCUGACAUCAUUGGGCCAGAGCCUUCAGAUGCCGUGAAAAAUUCAGCUGCCUGGCGGAAACUUCAAGAACUAAUCGGGUUAGAAUCGGUGAAAAGAGCGGUUGCCGUUUUCGUCAAACGAAUCGAAGUUAAUUAUGCCCGAGAAUUGGCAGAGGAGGAACCUCUACAGGUGAGUCUUAAUCGAUUGUUUCUCGGAUCUCCUGGUACAGGAAAGACAACAGUAGCCAAACUUUAUGGUGCAAUCCUAGCCGACCUAGGCUUGCUGUCGAAAGGGGAGGUAGUGUGCAAGGGUCCAGCAGACUUUGUUGGCGCUGUGCUAGGAGAGUCUGAAAAAAACACUAAGGCUAUCCUUGCAGCCUCU